AUGUGCAACCGGUUUGUGGGAACCUGGAAACUUGUCUCCAGUGAAAAAUUUGAUGAUUAUAUGAAAGAAUUGGGAGUGGGCUUAGCCACCAGGAAACUAGGUGGCCUGGCCAAGCCCAAUGUGAUCAUCAGAAUGAAAGGGGAUGUGAUAACCAUCAGAACGGAAAGCACCUUCAAAAACACAGAGGUCUCCUUCAAAUUGGGCCAAGUGUUUGACGAAACCACAGCAGAUGACAGGAAAACCAAGAGUGUCGUAACCUUAGAAAAAGGGUCAUUGGUUCAAGUGCAGAAGUGGAAUGGCAAAGAGACCACAAUAAGGAGAAAAUUGGUGGAUGGGAAAAUGGUGGUGGAAUGUGAUAUGAAAGGUGUUGUCUGCACUCGAAUCUAUGAGAGAGUGUGA